CAAAAGGCUGACAGGCGAAGCAGCAAACUAUAAAAUAAAGCAGAGCUCGUUCAAGUUUAUAUCUUUCAGAGCAUAGUUCAGACUUCAGAGCUUUCUUUUAGCGAUGCCAGUAAAAACAAGAAGCAAAACAGCCGCUAUCAAUCGUCUUAGAACUGAAAAGAGUACUAAUGAACCUAAUGAUUUUAAUAUUGACUGGGAUAUACCUGACUAUGAGAAUGAUAAAACCAUAAAGACCUAUUCAAAGAAACAGCCACUUAGGAAAUAUUCAACACGGUCCAAAACGGUGGCACCAGAAAGUCCUCUUAGGAACAGCGAGCAAAGUGAAGAUAUAUCAAGGUCAAUACCACCAAUACUUCCAAGCUCAGUAACUGUGAGGAGAAAAAAUAAGACAAGAUUGCAGGGAGUGGAUUAUUCAAUGGUGGUAUGCACAACAUUGCUCCCUAACUUAAUUAGCAACAGAACAAGUUUGACAGUUAAAGAGAUGUCACUUUGUUCAAAUGAUGACAGUCAGGCUGCAAAUAAAAUCACAAACUCAACAGCUCUUCAUGGUUUGGAGGGUGAGAAUGAUGUAAGGAAUUUUAUACCUUGUGAAAUAUCAUCCAUAGAAGGCGGAUAUGAUAAUAUUAUUGACAGUUAUGCCUAUGAAAAAACAACAGACACCAAAGAACAGAGAACUUCUGGAAAAGAUACUGCUAUGAAUUCUGUUAAAAAAGUUUGGUUCAAGGAAUCAGAGAAGACACCAAAAGAUUAUUCUGCAAAUAGAAAUUGUGAAAUAUCUAUGAUUAAUGAAUGCCCAAUUGCAAAGAAAAAAAAGAAGUCUCAGAGUACAAGAAAUCAACAUAUGAUGCAAGAUACGGAAAUAUUGUUGGAGUUUGAGCCCAUUCCUUUAGAAUGCAGUAAUAACAUUGGUGAAAUGUCUAAAGAUAUCACUCCAGAAAGCUGUCCUUCAAACAGGGGACCAACCAGCAGUGCCAAGAGGCGAUUGCUGACCUUCCAAUCCUGGAAAGAUGAAUACCCUGACAAGGAUGAAUACCCAGUCUGCAUUCUGGUCCAGGCUAAAACAGCUAGAAAAUAUAAUAACAAAAAAUCAAAUUGGGUUUGGAGAGACCCAUUCCCUCUUUCUAUUGAGGAAAUAGACUCUUUUCCAGAUGAUAUUCUAAUAUAAUUAUAUAAUUUAUAAUGGGCAGGUUAUAUAAACAAGAAUAAAGAACUGUUUAGUAUUAAGUAUUCAGUGAGAUAAUAGCUGAGCUUUCUGCUAUCUAAUGUUUAAACCUUGUUUAAAGGCUUUAAAUUUUUGUAACUUAAUUC